GGUGUCAGCAGGUGAGGGUGUAGGCCGUUGGGAGAUGUAUAUAAGCCUGUGCUCUUACUGCCAGUCACUGGUACAGAAAUGGAGUAUACAUCCAGCAACAUGGGAAAGAUCAUCUUCUACGAGGACAAGAACUUCCAGGGUCGCUCUUACGAGUGUAGCUCUGAAUGUCCCGACCUGUCCUCAUACUUCAGGCGCUGCAACUCCAUCCGUGUGGAUAGUGGGAACUGGAUCCUGUAUGAGCUCCCCAACUACAGAGGACACCAGUACUUCCUCCAUAGAGGAGAGUAUCCUGACUUUCAGCAAUGGAUGGGCUACAAUGACUCCAUUAAAUCUUGUCGUCUGAGCCCCCAGCACCAAGGGUCCUUCAGAAUCAGGAUCUACGAGAGAGAAGACUUCAGAGGUCAGAUGAUGGAGUUCACUGAGGAUUGUCCUCAUGUCCAUGAGAGAUUCCACCACCAUGACAUCCACUCCAUCCAAGUCCAAGAUGGCUACUGGAUGUUCUAUGAGGAGCCCAACUACAGAGGACGUCAGUAUUACCUGAGACCUGGAGAGUACAGGAGAUACAGCGACUGGGGAGCCACAAGCACCAGAAUUGGGUCCUUCAGACGUCUUCAUCAUUUCUAAUUAUGUGACUUUUUCUUCAUAAUAAACUUGACCAAAGGAAACUUCAAUUA